UAGGAGUCAAGCUUAAAUACCUGUGUCUGGCUGGCCGGCUCUUUCACACGCUUACGGCUCCUAGUUGAGGUCAGGGAAGGUCAGGGCCAGCGCCAGCUUUUGGAACAGUGUUGUGGACGGUGAAUCUGCUCAGCCAUGUUCAGAGAAGCGAAAACCUGGGCGUUCUGGCGCGCCGUCCUCGCGGAGAUGGUGGGCAUGCUCCUCUUCAUAUUCAUCGGCAUCACGGCCGCCAUCGGAAACCACAAUAACUCCGGCCCUGACCAGGAGGUGAAGGUGGCUCUGGCGUUUGGGUUGGCCAUUGCCACGCUGGUGCGGACUCUGGGGCACGUUAGCGGCGCGCACCUCAAUCCUGCCGUCACGUUGGGCCUGCUCGCUAGCUGCAAGAUCAGCGUGCUUCGGGCUGUGUUCUACAUCGUUGCUCAGAUGGUGGGGUCUGUAGCAGCCAGCGCAAUUGUUGUUGGACUGAGACCCACGAGCCUGAAUGCUCUUGGAUUAAACGAGCUGAAUGGAGUCACGCCUGUUCAGGGUUUUGGCGUGGAGUUCCUGCUUACACUGCAGCUUGUCCUCUGCGUCAUUUCCAGCACGGAUGAGCGCCGAUAUGAUGUUGGCAACUCUGCACCACUGGCUAUCGGCCUGUCUGUAGGCCUCGCGCACCUGGGAGGGAUCAGUUACACUGGGUGUGGCAUCAACCCUGCUCGUUCCUUUGGACCAGCUGUGAUCCUCCAGUCCUUCAACAACCAUUGGGUGUACUGGGCAGGGCCCAUGAGUGCAGCAGUGGUGGCCGCCCUCAUCUAUGACCUGAUUCUCUGCCCCAAAAUUGGCGACCUUGCAGAACGGCUGAAGGUCUUGUGCGACGGAGAACUUCCAAGCGAUCAGGAGCCUCUGCUGAAGGUCGGAGAGGGUGACGAGUAGUGUGACACUUGCAGCAUGCACAAAAACUGUUAAAAAAAAACCUAAAGGAUAAUAAAAUAUAUAUUUGUACAAUAAUUGAUUCCUAGUCAUUUUGUGAAGCCUGAGAUUGUUGGGUGCAAGUUUGCUGCAGAGAUGGCAAGCAGAGGGCACAAAGGAUUUCUUGGGCUCUAAUUCAAAGGUUUUCUUUAUUACUCUGAGAUGACUUGCAGUUUGUCUAAAUUGGUGAAACUUGUAUGCUCUGUGUAGUAUAGAGUCCAGCAUUUUGGUUGAAGCCGCCACCUUUUACUAUGCUGCUUUUUUGCACGGUUUUGCAAAUGCAAGUGCUUGGGAUUAUUAAAAAAAAACAAUAGAUAAGCUAUUUAUUUGGGGUGGGGGUUCAUUUUUUCACAUUUUUAUCUGAAAUUGCACAACAGCCUGAUGUGAACACAUUGUCCAUAUGAUCACGUUAUCUAUUGUGAAUAUAAACAUCUGAUACUAUCAUAAUAAAACAGAAAAUGAA